AUGGAUUCAUCCGACUGCCCCUUCAGCAAUCUUGAUGUCUGGUGCGAUUGGUCUGGCGAUCCAACCGAAGCCGUCCAGGUCUGCAUGUCAGUCGAGGUCUGGUGUACACCGAACUCCCAGAUAACUCUGCUGGACACCUCCCAUCCAUGCAUCGUCCAGAUCGUUGAUUCCUCACUCAAUCCGGUGGUGAAAUUCAAGAACCUGGUUAAUGUCAAUCUGCUCCGCCAGGAGACGGGCCCAUACACGAGCUCGAGUGCAAGCACACACGAGUCCCUAGCGUCAGACGACCAGUCCCAGGCACCAGUGACGCCCAAGAAGCAAGCAGACCCAGCGACCUCGGACCCGAACACACCUCAUGCAACAUUGCACCCCGGGCACCCGAACCUGCAAGUCGACACGCAUACACCCUCGGACUCGGGCAGUGUCCUCCGAGCUGGACAUACCCUCGAUGGAUCACCCGGUGAUAGCCUCGAUGCGUUCUACGCCAGUUUCUACCGGGACAGCUCUUCCUCCGAGUUUCUCAGUGAAGUCGGACAAUCGCCCACGAACCCGCGCAAGAGAACUGCAAAGGCUGCCUCACUGCCGGACUCGGUGACUGACUCGGAGAGAUCAUACGGAGGUGCGAAACUCAAGAGUAAAGGUCGGAUUCUUGCGAAGGGUAGACAAUCGCCAGUGUCUACGCCUUCGACUUCGUCUUCCUCUAACCAUUCACGUACGCGAAGCUUGAUCCCUCGGCCUGUGAGCGUGACCAACCAUGUGCGCCCAGACCCUACCAAGUUUCCAUUGCCGACGGAUUCGGUGCCCGUGUUGGAUGUGGAGUUUCGACGGUUUGAGAAUGGCGUGUCGCCCGUGGAGAAAAAGAGUCGGGUCAAUCAUCAUCAGAGCGAGAGCGAGAGCGUUGCAGAGACAUUUUCCGGAGACACCUUGACACCUCUGGCAAGUCCUACCACUAGGACUAGUCUGAGUGUAAGCAACGGCGAUACUGGCAAAUCCUUGCAAGAAGGGCAAGACGUGGAGAAGCGUUCAACCGUGGCAUCAGCUGGUAGCCCAUGUGAUAUGACCCUGAUGUCGGACUCUGUGGAUGCAUCUUUUGGGGGAAUUCCGAUCCGGGGGAUGUGCGUUGUGCAACCCCCAACUCCGCCGCGUUCCCUCGAUCGACCUCGUCUUGACCUUGUUGACCAGGUAUUUACAAUUCAGUGCUCCUCUGGCCUCCAGUCAGCAUGGUACAAGGCCUCUGUGGCGUUUGUUCUGCGUCUCCAGCCAGGUCGACCGCGUGGUUGGUAUGAACUGGUCGUUCCGGGUCUGCCUCGCCUAGGUGCGAAUGACCAUGGUUACGUGUACCUCCGCAUACCGGAUGGCCAGGGGUUGGAAUACCGUACCAUGCACUUCAAGAGAUACGAAGUUGUCGAGGGCUGUCUCAUCGCCCAGUUUCCACUGGUCCAGUCCAAACUGGUCAUCCCCAUUCGCCCUUGCGAUGCCCGCUUUUACGGGUUCCUGCGCGACUUUAAAGUCAAUCAGACCAUUCGCACGCAGGUGACGAAGGAUAAACAUGACUCGUCCUCAUGCAUUGUCGAGUAUACCGCUGUUUGCUCGUUGGACCUCAUUCAGCGCGACUUUUGGGCCGAGCAGUGCGGAUUCUACAUCUACAUACAUGGUGGACCCGACGGCGAAUUCGCUUGUCACUUGGAGACGCCAAAGACCAGUUUCCAAACUAUUCAGCUUGACUCGAGUCCCGCGGCUGAGAGUGGGAUCACUCAGCUUCAGGUUAUCUGCACACAGGCGAAUCUGGAGAUGUUUGCUGUUACGUGGGAGAUGCGUAUGCCCCGCGGAGAAGCUUUGAACUGGAUGCCGCGCAUCACGGCUCUUGCGGAGGGGUAUCAUGUUGAGGAGGAGUUGCAGAGUCGGUAUCUUGAUGCUGAAGAGGACGAGAAGGAGAUUGUGCGUGGCGAGGUCAAGUCAAGACUUGUUGCCCCGAAAAGACUGAAUAGGAAGAGAUGUCUCAUUCUUUCGCUCACGAGAGCGGUCUGCUGGUCGGUAUUUCUGUUUUUGCUUUUACAACCUGUGGUCUACUCUCUUGGUCUUUAUGAUCGUGCGGUGCGUGAGGACGCGGGUCGGGAAAUUCGGGAUAUUCUCUGUGCAAAGUUUCAGCUUUGUGUGGGGAAGACCUCGUUGGAGCAAGUGAAUCUUCAUCAUACAGGAGAGGCUCCCAUUGUUCCAGAGAUACCCGAGGUUAUGGAUCCCAUGGAGACUGCCGAGGAGAUUACAAGUCCUGUACUGGAAGAGAUUGAUCAGACACCGCAGCAGGAACUUGUCUACCCUACUCGUAUGUCACUGCGUGAUCGAGUUGAUUAUUUCCUUGGUUGGAAGGGUCCUCUUCUUCUUUCUGGAGUGUGA